AGAAGGAAGCUUCUUCAAUGGUCCUUGAACUGGUAAUCGGAACAGCUGAUACUGACACUUACCACUGGGGAGGAACACCCCCCCCCCCAAUAAUAUAGAAAAAGCUUGAAUCUUCUUAUAAAGUCCUCUUUCCACAUGGCUUUAUUAGUAGUAAUAGUUGUUAAUAUAUAUCAUGCUUAAUUGCCAAAGCGGCAAUUCAUAGGUGCAAAACCAAUUACUGUACAAAAAAUAUAAAUGUACAAUAGAAAAUUCCGUCAAAAAUAUAAAAAUAAACAGCUACAAUUAAAUUGUGCACUAACACAAACCCAUUAAAACACAACAGUUAAAACAACUAUUAAAAUAGUUAUUUCAACCAAAUACAUGUUUAUAAAGUUAUUUAUUUGUCACAUUUGAAUAAAUUUCUACAGAGUAGAAAUGAGAGGCUGCUCCAAGUGGACUGUGGUUGCAGCUAGCUGAAUAGUUUAUAUCUUUAUCAAUAAGGUACAUUUAAUAGAUAACGAUUUUAAUUAUAUAUUUUAAUUUGUGUUUGUGUGUGUUUAAUGUAAACUGCUCUUAUGUUUUAUUACAAUCAAAUGGUAUAGAAAUCUUGUGAAAUAAUAAAGAAAGAAAUAUUUUUAUUGAAGAAAGGCUCUAUAGUGCAGAGUGCACUGUGACUUUGAGCAUUUGUUUUUUCUUUAUUUCUUUUCAUUAGACUUGAGCAUUCUUUGGACAAUCUUCAUUGUACCCUUGUCAUUUUUAUUUCUUCAGCAUUUAGUGUCACUGAAUUUAGAAAUAAGAUGUACCUGAGAAAACAUUCACAGCUGAUAUUCACAAACUAUCAGUGUGUGUGUGUGUGUGUGUGUGUGUGUGUGUGUGUGUGUGUUUCACACAUUCUGUACUAUCAGACACAAGUUCCUGUUUGCAGUGGCUCUAUAGCAACGUGCUUAGAAACAGAAAACAGCCACCAAUAACACUCCUUCUCAGCAGAGAGGUGCAGUAUUGUUGAAGUCAAGCCAAUUGAAAGAUCCCAGCAUUUAGUACUGCAAGCAUCUGGGAAAUACUUCGAAAGGAAUGGAUGGCUGCACCUGGUUCUCCUUGCCAUACCACGGUCAUUGCUGUGCAAUGCUAGCACAAGCUAAACCUGUGCAUAGCAGCUUCACAGCUAAUCCCAAUUCCACCUGCACUGGUGCCAUUUCAGCAUAUCCUGCCUGUGUUGUUAGACCGCUCGUCACAACAAGGUGUUUACAUUUCGGUCACUGCCUCCAUUUUCCUCCUCUUAGAGCAUGUGAGGCAGUAAAAAACUUGGAGAGAUCCUUGGACACUGUUGGCAUUCCUGUUCUGGCAAGAAGAGAAACUGAUGGUUAUUAUUAUCCUGGCACAAUAAUAGAAGCUAUUAUAGAGGGCGAAAAAAGAACCUUUCUUGUACAAUUUGCCAAGCCAUUUGGACUGAGCGAAGACACAACAUGUGUGCAAGAAACAGCCAGCAGUGACAUGUUUGAGUGUGUGAAUGGAAUGAAGCAUUCCAUACUGCCAGGUGAUAAAGUGCUGGCACCCUGGGAGCCACAGCAAAAAAGAUAUGGCCCUGGCACUACCAUCCAAGGCAUGGAAACCAGGGAUCCCUUGAGAGGGGAAGAAGAUGAAGAAAUUAUAGUCAGCUUCUGGAAUGGCAAGAAAGCCAAAGUCCCAUUGGGUGUAGCCCUGUGGAUUUCCCCAGUGCAAUGGGAGAGGAUUGUGGAGAUGAUCCGCAUGCCCCUUACCAGCAGGAAAGCACCUGAAGGGCAACUCCAAAGACCUGGUCACUACAGUGGCUCCUGUAGGGCUAUACCAGGCUCCAGGCAUGGAUGUGCUGUAGGUGGCCUCUGCCAGCUCCAGAGGCCAUGUUGCUCUUUCAUCUCCCCUUGCUCCAGGUGCUUUCAACACACAUGCUCAGUCCUUGGAUACCCACAGUACGCUUCCUGCUGCUGCCCUAAAUACAGUGGCUGCUGGUGGCCACCCUCUUUAACUGAACCACCCCAGAGAAAUGUUGAAGAGUUCAGCAGCAAACCAUUACUGGCAGUGGAAGGGCCUCCAAAGAAAGAACCAGCCACUGUAGUGUCCAGCUCUUCUUCUUCAUGCUCCUCCAGUUCCACAAGUGGUACAGAAACAGGUUUGACCAAGACCACAAUGGUAGAUCAUGCAGUGAACACGGAUUCUAGUCUUUUUGAAAAGCCCAAGCUGCAAGCAAUCAGGAGGCCUUGUUGGAAAUACUGGAAGAGAAGCCAUCCCAGCUCUGGUCAUAACAGCCACGGAACCAAUUAUACUUUGGACAGCACCUGCAGAAAGGAAAGAUCCGAAACCAAAGCAGUUCCUUAUAUGGAUCCGUCUCCAACUGCACUGAUCAACCACAGUGCCAUGUUUGAAACUAUUGAACAGUCUCCUCGAAGGCAACAUACUGUGAAGGAAGUCUUGGGCCACAAAGACAUCGAACCAUCCUGCGCACAGCAAUGCACACAGUAA